AUGCCCCAAACAAGCCUCAUAGACAACCCUCUUUUGAGGGUGUCUCGUCCCGUAUCCGCUUGUUCAAGAUGUCGGUCCGCCAAGGUCAAGUGUGACGGCAAGCUGCCGGCCUGUUCGGCUUGUGAAAAGGCCGGUCGAGCAAACGAGUGCUCUAGUGCAAGCGAUCAGUUCGCGAGGGGAAAAGAACGAAGUUAUGUUGCCGCGUUGGAGCUGAGAGUCGAAAAGUUGGAGAAGCAGGUUCGCUAUGCUAGGGAACGCAAGGCGUCCAUGGCUCUGCAUGAAGAGGACAGCCUACCUACCGAUGUCGAUCGCAAAGAUUCCAUGGCCGCCAUCCGCGUCGCUGUGCAAAGGAAGGCGGUGAUGAAGCAGGAGAAGGCUGACCUGGACUCUCUUGUAUCCGAUUUCGGACUUUUGUCCGUGGAUGCUACGUCUCGCGAUGCCGAGCCUUCUGUGAGCGGGGGCUCAGCCUUUGCGAAGCUCAUGGCCGUAUCCUGCUAUAGGCACAGGCUCCCCGAACCGAGGAGUAACGACCUCCCAUCCCAGCAAGACGCACAGAGGCUCGUCCAGUACUACAUGGACAACAUCUACGCCAUGUACCCGUGCCUCCCGGAGCAAACCAUGUGGGCGGUUUUGGGCAACAUGUAUCCGCAAGGAGGUAUUCAGCAAUCUCUCAAGUUUGCCGAUUACUGGCUGUUUUGGACGGUCUUGGCUGUCGCAUCUAUUGCGCAGAGUCGCGGGAUGGGCGACCCGUUCUACCUUGAUGGCGUGGAUUUCAUCGCGCGUGCGGUGCCUUAUGCAGAAAGGGCUCUAGCCCCCGGUGUGCGUUCUACUGUUCCCUCACUAAUUCUCCUUACCCAGUAUGCCAUGUACGACCCCAGGCAUUUCGACCCCUGGCAUUGCAUGGGCUUCACGGCGCGGGUCGUGAUUGAGAUGGGACUACACCAGGACCCCGCGCCUCACGAUGUCAAGGACAAGAGCGACCUCGAGAUCAGACGCAAGCUGUUCCACUGUGUUUACGCGUUAGACAGGACCAUUAGCAUGGGCCAUGCACGGGCCUUGACAUUCACGGAUUCAACAGUCGACGUGGGACUGCCAAGUUCAACAGAGCUAGGUAGGAUCCCCUCGAUCUCGGGGCACAUCACAGGUCCGCAAUCGAACAACCCGGCGCUCCACCUUUUCCAACUACGGAAGCUCCAGUCAGGUUGGUACCAGGCUCUAUAUCAGGCGGGUGAGUCCGUGAUUGCGGAUGCGCAGUCGUACCUGUGGAAGAACUGCCAUGAACUCCGGGAAUGGGCGGAGCAGCUUCCGCCCACAUUACCCAACGAGAUUCGCCGAGCCAUGGACAUCGAGCUAGAGUGGAGCUACGUGUACUGCUUGGUGUACUCGCCGAGGGCGCCGCACAUGACGGAAUACAGGCAGUCCCUCAUCUUUGAACACGCCGUGUCCUUUAUCGAAAAGAUACACGAAAUGGUGUUCGAGACGGGCCAGACACCGUUCACUAGCUACUACGACGUCAUGCGGGUCUACUUUAUCGGCGGCCAGCUCAUCUCGAUCCUCCGCGGCGCCUUUGAGCUGCUGGUUUCGGGACGCCCGGCAGCUCUGCCCCACAGCGACGCGACGGGUGUGCCGGCGCCGCCGAUCCCGCACCGCUUUUUCCAGCAGCAGUUUGAGGACAACCUCCAGCGCAGCCUCAAGGCGCUCAGGUUCGUAGACGAGACGCUGGGCAAGUUUGGAGAGAGGUGGGAGGACGCGUUGCAGCUGCUCAACAUGUUUGGGCAGGUUAGCGGCGAGGUGAGGGGCUUACUAGAGCAGAGGGCCCUCCAGUUUGGAAUGGGCCAGGGAAUGCAGCAGUUGCCGAUGCAGCAGCAGCAGGUCAUGUGA